AUCGCUCUAUGGCGGAUCAUACGGCCAUGCAUGGCAUCUGGGGCAGUAACACAUCCAUGGGGGACGGGAUGGAGAAGCCGCAGAAGCAAGGCUUCAGUCUGGUCAGGAUCAUGUCUCUGAAUUACAGAAAGCGGAAUAAUGCGAAUCCACAGCAGCAGCAUCACAACAACAACAUGCCCUUCAUGAUUCACUGCCACAUUGGCAAAGAGAUCAAACACAUAUGCAGCAACUGCAGCCGCGUUAGCCAUGAACAGGACGCAGAGGAGGUGGAGAAAUUGGCCUCCAUUCGCUCUGAGUCCCUGGUGUCUGGCGCACACACGCCUCCCAUUCACUGCAGGAGCAAGCUCAGCACACUGGAACGGCUCUUCAAACCCUGGAAGUGGAGGAAGAAGAGGAGUGAGAAGUUCAAGCAAGCAUCCACAGCUCUGGAGAUGAUGUCGAUGCGUCAGAGCAGAGAAGAGCUCAUAAAGCGAGGAGUGCUCAAAGAGAUCUUUCAGAAAGACUGCAGGGUUCCUGUCGUGAAACAGGACGGGCGUUUGGAGACAGGGCUGACGUCAGGGUCUGUACCCAGUGCUCUAGACAGUAACAGGACAGCAGAUAUCACAGACGCACAGAGGACGGCCACCAUUGACUUCCGGCCGUCACUGGAUGGAGGAGUCUGUGCUCAGGACAACACGCUGAAGACAUCACUUUCACUUCCUCCAAAGAAAUCUGUCACAUUUCCUGCUGAUCUUCAGGAAACUCCAGCCAAACCUCAACUCAUUCACAAACAACCACCGGCUCUCCCCCCAAAACCUUUCUCCAGACUGACCAGUUAUAGCUCAGACUCUUGUCAGUUGAAGUUGUCAUGUACACAGGGAAAGCUUUCUCCUCCUCUACCUCCAAAAAAAGUCAUGAUCUAUGUACCGCCCUCCUCUUCCUCACCGCUGUCAUUCACGCAGAAAGCCCCACCCUUCCUGCAGUAUGGUCACCCGCUGCAGCUGCAGUAUGGCGGUGUUCACAUGUCCAGCAGCAUCAUCGACGAGCUCCAGAAGGCGCUGGCGCUCACCAUGCACAGACUGGAGAGCUCUGUGGGGCAGUACAGUGUUCCUCUGUCAUCGGUGGUGAUCGACUGUGAUGAUGAUAAAGAAAACAUUCCCAAUGAGUCCCAUUAUGAGGAUCUGCCCAGCAUGUAUAAAGAGGAUGAAGAUGAGGAGGAGUAUGAUUCUUUCUUCACAAGCAUGCUGGCAUUGAAGAUCUUGAGGAAAGACACUCUUGCAGUGAAGCUGAGUAAUAGACCUUCUGAGCGAGAGCUUCAAGACAAGAACAUCUUACCAGUGCAAACGGAUGAGGAGAGACUGCAGUCCAGACAACAGAUAGGAACCAAACUCACACGGAGAUUGAGUCAGAGACCCACAGCGGAAGAACUGGAGCAGAGAAACAUCCUCAAACCUCGUAAUGAGCAGGAGCAUUUGGAGGAAAAGAGAGAGAUCAGGCACAGACUCGCACGCAAGUUGAGUCAGAGACCCACAGUGGAGGAGCUGCGUCAAGCCAAGAUCCUGAUCCAGUUCUGCGAUUACGUGGAGGUGGCAGACGCUCAGGAUUACGACAGACGCACAGACAAACCCUGGACACGACUCACUGCAGCUGACAAGGCUGCUAUCAGAAAAGAGCUGAAUGAUUUUAAGAGCCAUGAGAUGGAGGUGCAUGAGUCCAGCAGACAUCUGACCAGGUUUCACAGACCAUAGACCACCACUGACUGGAGGACUGCUGCCUGAUGGCCAUUUCUCCCACAUUAAACACAAGUGCUGGACAGCAAACUAAGAACCUAACUUCACAAACAACAAGACGUCUGAAAUGCCUUCUGUAAAACUCCUUGGGACACUACCAUCACCAUCAGAUGAGCUUUUGUAGUAGCAAUGUCCCGUGCCACCUCCUGUGAACAUCUGCAAUGGAAAUCACCUUUAUAAGCAUCCAUACAGUUACGUUUAUUACAUUAAUCUCCAUUAAACAUUUUUGAUUGACAGCUCUGCUUGUGCGGAAAUGACAUUUCCCCUCCCAAUGACGCCAGCAGACAUCAGAAAAACACCUUAAUCUGUAUCUGAUUCCCAGGUUGUGAGCGGUGCCAUUUUCAGCGCUUAGAAGCACUUCUGCAACAUGGCAUACUUUUGCACAGACUGCAUUUCGUGCAAUGUAUUGCAUUCACGAAAUGUGAGCAGCACUAUUUUCUGGAUAAAUGGUUUGUAAAACCAAAGGUUGAAGACAUUUAUGCAACAGUUUUCGCAAGAUGUAUUUACAAACAAUUUACGUAGAAAUUGUUGCAAUGAUUUACGCAACAAUGGUUGUAUGAAAGAUUUAAGCAGAAAUCGUUGUGACAAUUUUCGUAAGAAUGGUUUUACAAGCAAUCUACACAACUUGUAGCAACAAUAUAUAGAGAAGGGUUUUACCAACAAUUUACGCAGAAAUCUUUACAACAUUUUAUGAAAGAAUUGUUUUACGUACGAUUUAUGCAGAAAACCCAUGCAACGAUUUACGCAAGAAUGCUUUUACGCAGAAAUUGUUGUGAUGAUUAAUGCAAGAAUGGUUUUAUGAAAAACGUUUUGCUAAAAUGGUUGCAAAGAUUUACGCAAGUACGGUUUUAUGAACUAUUUUUGCCGAAAAUCCUUGCAAGAAUUUUGGCAAGAAUGAUGUUACGAAUGAUUUAUGCAGAAAACGUUGGAAAAACAAUGGUUUUAUGAGCAAGUUAUGCAGAAAUUGUUGCAGAAAUGUAUGUUUUUUUUUUUGUUAUUUACACAAAAAUUGUUGAAACUUUUUAUGCAAGAAUGGUAUUGCGAACAAUUGACAGAUUGUUGCAGCGAUUUAUGCAAGAAUGGUUUCAUGAACAAUUUACACUGAAAUCUUUUCAACAGUGUACGAAAGAAUGGUUUUACGUACGAUUUAUGCAGAAAACGUUUCAACAAUUUUGGCAAAAAUCAUUUUACGAAUAAUUUGAGCAGUAAACCCAUUCAGCAAUUUACGCAAGAAUUAUUUAAUGAUUUAUGCAGAAAACAUUGCAUCAGUUUACACAACAGUGGGUUUAUUAACUAUUUACGUAGAUUUGUUGUAGCAAUUUAUGAAACAACAGUUUUACGAAUGAUUUAUGCAGAUAUGUGAUGCUUGUGUUUCACGAUUGAGGCCCAUUGUUUCUCUUGGAUUUGAAUGGUGUUGUGCCCCAUGCUGGUUUGUAUGCAUCGUAGCCAUCAAAAUAAUUACAAGUAAAAAGAUUUUGUUCAUCAUCCCGACAUCCUCGUCGUUCCGACUUCAUGGAUCUCCAUGGCAAACUGUGAAUUCUAGAAAAUCUGGAGUCAUUUGUCGGUGCUUGAUUCAAAUGUACAUGAUGUUAAUAUGACAUUAUUUAUAAGGAUAUUUUUAUUGUGCAUUAUUCAAAGAAUGGAAACUGAAGGGCUUGCUUAAGAAACGCUCAUGAUGGAACAUACAGAGGAGAUUGAUAAAGUUUAUUAUUUAUCUAAAAUUAAUUUAAUUUGAAUGUCUGUACUUUUCUUGUGGAUCUUUUUAUGAAAGGUUCUUUGAAUGAACAUUAUUUGGUUGAAUCACUUAAAAUCCAGCACAACCAAAAACCAAUUGUAGAGCUGGACUCUGUCUAUGUGUGCAUAUUUUUGUUUAUUUUUUUUUAUAUAAUUUUAUUGAGUAGUUUCACAUCAUUUGUCUGCUUCUAUAUAUUUUUUUUUUCUGAUGUUAUUCAGACUAAGCAAUAUUCAUGUAGGCAAAUCUCCCAAAAAGUAAUUCAUUAUAAAUAUUAGUUUUCUAAUUAUUAAUAUUAUUAUUGUGAAUGAGAGCAUUUUUUUUAUUAUUAUUUCGCCUGUCUAUGUCUUUUUACUUUUGUUGUUUUAUAUUAUUUAUUUUUAAGGGUAAACUGAUAAACGCAUUGUAAUGUAGACUUUCACUAUUUAUAAAUGUACAAAUACAAACUACAGAUGUUUUUGCAGGGUUUAAACGCUGACACACCCAUUCGUAUGUCAUAGCAAAGUUUUGGACUCUUGUAAUGAACACUACAGCAUGAGCUGUUUAAUUAUGAUCAGGCAAAUUAAGAUCACAUGUCUAAUGACUCGAUUGUGUUGUUUUGAAAGUGAUUACAAACCAUAGGCUUUGACAGUGUGACUGUUUAUUAGUGCUGCUGUGAGUAUUUUAUUACUAGGGACUGAAUAAUGUCAAAGUUGCUCUUAUAAAUAAUCAAAGAUCUUUUUGCAACAUCUCAGUGAUUAUCUGAAAAUUUGCACUGACCAAUAUCUGGUUGAUUUUAUCCAGGUCUAUAAUGACUCAUUGCUGAGAUUAAGAUACAGUAUAGACAUUCAUCAGUUCUUCUUGAUAACUCUCGAUUGUUUUGCUGUACUUAAGAUAUAGAUAUUUCAGAACUUAAAUCACACGCUCUUUUCUGCUUUGUUGUUUUCAAUCUUUGUUGAAGUUAUUUUUAUGAACCACGUCAUAGACAUGAAGGGGGUUGGUCUAUAAUAUAUGUAGAUGAUGAACUGAUUAACUAUUUUCCUCUCCAAACUGUGUCUGUCCUGUCGGUUCUUUGUUAGUAACUUAUGAAUUUGAACUACGUUGAUGAACAUUUUAUUAGUCUUUAUUUUCUCUGUCCCUACAGUGGGCAAAAGCAUUUGGACACUGCCUCAUACUUUAAAAUGCAAACAUUUAUUUGCAUUACAUAACAAAACAUAAAAAUAUAUUUUUUUAUACACUUAAUGAAUUAUUAAUAAUUAUUAUAAUUUUAAAUAUGCUUGAUUUGAUGUAUUUUACGUGUAAUGCAACGGCAAUGAGAUGUUUUUUAGUGUGAUUAAGUGUCCAAAUUCUUUUGAUUCUACUGUAUAUGAAUACCCUGCUGUGGUAAAACUACAGCUCCUCUUGAGUACUGUAAAGUAUGUUAAUGACAAGAAGUUUGCUACAUUUGUUAUGCAAGUAAGUAGACUGCAUUGAGGUUAUCUUUUUUUAUUAUUAUUUAUUUUCUUUUAAACCAUGUUUAGAGUUGCCAAUGGGUCAAAUUCACAUUAACGUGUUAACAGACAUCGUAAAAUCAGUGAGCUUUUGGAAAGGUCAAAGUGUCAGCAUGUGCACAAAGUACUUGAUAUUGCCAAUGAAGAGAAUAUAAAAUUGUAAUUUUGUUCAACCAUGUCCAGUAUUCUGUUUUAUUAUUAAACCUCCAGUCAACUCCGCUAAAAACGUCUUCUGCAUGCACUUUCAUUUAACCUAAUAUGCACAUUUUAUCUUUCAUUUGUAAUGUUUGAAGUAAAUUUGUUAUGAAAGUGGAAUUAUUGAUCU